UUCCGAUAAAAAACCGAUACGAGCGCCUUUUUUCACGGUCUCUUUGGGAUCGAAGCUUCGUCAUCCGUCGAUGGAAUUUUGGCGCGACAAAACGAUACGAAUCACGCGGCAAACCUAGACCGUUGCUAGCGAUUUCGAAAACGUAACGGGAGAUCGAGUAGAUCCGGUUUAACGAGCUUCAAAUUAUAAGUAUAGGUAACGUAUGUAGGUCCUCCGACUCGCUCGUGUUCCUAUAGCUAUACUCGGCGAAUCGAGAAUCUCACGGACCAGUUCCUUGCGUAAUCGUAGCACAGCGAAUAAGAAGCGCAGUUACGAAGUCUCGUAUCUAUCGUACGACUCGUUACGUCUGCGUGUAAAAGGCAGACGACAAACACCAAACAACGCGCGUCAAGUAAAUGCAGAAGAAGCGGGUGAAAAGGGCAUCUGCCAGUCACAACAUCGAACGGUCUCGAUGAAAUCGGAUCACAGGCGUCGAAGCGCAUCGAGAUGCGACGCACGCGACGAGACGAGACGAGACAAGACGAGACAAGACGAGACGAGAAGAAACGAGACGAGACCGGACGCGAUUAAACGAGCGGUCGCUUAAGGUGAGCCACCGGACUAAAGCCGCGUUCUCGCUUCCAUUUACCGCGGUUAAAAAAAAGAGAGACAACGACACUUUUCGUCCGGGAACGACUCGAGUCCCGAAACAUUGGUUUCCGGCGGAUCUCGAGGGUGGUUACGAGAUGCGCGUUCGUCCUUUUGUCCUUCCUUCCAGGUUCUCGCGUUUCGUUCGAUUCGCGGAAGACGACGCGAGUAGAGGAAAAAUCUGUUGGCGAGAAACGAACGAAAGUGGAAUCCUCGCGACGAACGAGAAUGUCACGGACAAGUACGUCGGCGUGUUACGUCCGCACAGGGAACGACGGAGCGGAAAAAAGGGGGAAAACGGAAUCGCGGAUGUCUGGGAAGAAAGAGGCAAGGGGAGGUAGAACGGUUCGUCGACGUAAGCGAUGCUCGGCAAACGAGAGGAUUACCCAGCGUGUCCUAAGUUUGGUGGCGAACGAGGGUCAUCGCCGCUGCGACGAGGUUAUCGAUGAAUCGGGGAAAGGUGGGGAGAUUUUUGUACUCUGUCGUCGUGUUCGAGAGAACUCGGUAAGUCGAGGAAAACGCGAACGAAGAAACGGAGAAACGAUCGGACGAGAAUCUCGAGCUCGGAAUCAUCGGGACAGUAUAUCGGCUGACCGCUGCAUCGCCGAUACCAAGGACGGUGAAAAAGAGGAUGGAGAAAAUGUUGGCGCGAGCGAUUCGAAACGGUUUCGACGGAGCGAAGAGGAGACGGGUUCGGUGGUCGUACGGGCUGGUCGCGUUAACGAGCAUCGUGGUAUUCGCGGUGUUUUGGUUCACCAACGUCUUUCGAAACACGAUUCUAUCGAAUCUCGAGCUUCGGAACGGCACCACGUCCUUCUUGCUAUGGCAACGACCCCCCGUUGGACUCACUUUCAACGUGUACGUGUUCAAUUACACGAACCUGCGGGAGUUCGAAAGAGGGAACGCGUCCAAGCUGCGAGUGCAAGAAGUCGGACCGUUUACCUAUCGGGAGAAUCUGAACCGAGUGAACGUGGAGUUGCACGAAAACGGAACGGUAACGUAUCAAGAGAAAAGAAGCUACCGAUGGGUGUCUGGCGAGUCGGAGAACGAAACGGUGAUCGUGCCCAACGUGCUGUUGAUGUCGACGCUUGCCUAUUCCCGAAAUUUGCCGUUACCGAUGCAGCUCUUGUUGACGAUGAUUCUAUCGAGCGUCAGCACGAAACCGUUCCUCGAACUGACGGUAGGGGAGUACCUCUGGGGCUACGAGGACAAGCUUUUCCAAAUGGCCAAGCCUUUCGCCUCCCUUAAGCAUGAUCUGCCCUUCGACGAGUUUGGUAUUCUCGCGUUUAGAAACGCCGUGAACGAGGAUCGCAUCACGAUUCACACGGGCGUCGGGGAUCUCGGAAAGAUCGGACUGAUCGAACGGUUGAACGGAGAGAAGGUACGGAAAAUUUGGGGGAACGAAUCGUGCGACAGAGUGUACGGCACCGACGGCAGCAUGUUUCCACCCCAGUGGAUCGAACGGCCGGAAUCCGACGUCUACAUCUACGCGAAAGACGUCUGCAGGGCAAUACCGCUUCGUUACGAAGGCCGUCACAUCUCCAGCGGUAUUCCGAGCUUGAGGUACAAAGUACCGAGCGACGUUUUCACGUCGACACGCGACGAAAACUCGUGUUUUUGCCCGAAGGAGUCGGACGAUUCGACCACGGGAAAAUGUCCUCCGCUCGGAACGUUCAACGUUUCCGCUUGCAAUUUCGGCGCUCCGUUUAUCCUCUCGUUCCCUCACUUUCACUCGGGCGACAAGUCGCUGUUCGAGAGAAUCGACGGGCUGACACCACGAGAAGAACACCGCGAGAGCUUCAUCGACGUUCACCCGAUACUGGCCGUCACGAUCGCCACCAGAAUGAAGUUUCAGGUGAAUCUCGAAGUGCGGAAAGCGACCGGCGUGCCCUUCGCAGGGAAUCUCAAGGACGGCUCGAUUCUGCCUUUGGUCUGGAUAGAUUCCGGAAUAGAGGAGCUACCCGAAGCGAUGCAGGAGGUUUUCUAUCGCGGCCAUUACGUCGUAAGCGGCAUCGAAGCUGGAUUACAAUGGUGCAGUCUCGUUUGCGCGAUCCUGUCUUGCGCGGCUUUCUUUGCCACGUUCAAGAAGAACGAGGAAACCAACGCGGGCCUCGAUCCUGAAUCGACGAAGCCGUGCGAGACCUCUCCAACGAAACUCGCUCCAACGGGAGACAUUCGCGACCCGGUUUUCCAUUUAACGGUUGUAUCCGCGUAAAUGUUUCGGUUAGCGUGCCGAUCGAAUAGGACAAUGGCUGUUUCAAUGGCGCGAGCGCGUGUCAUAACAAGGAAUUUACCGCGAAAUUCACUGGACACCGAUCCGAUGCUACGAUAUCGCGUUACUUGUCGGAGCAACAAAGGUUCGCUGUUCGCGAUCGAUCACACUCGGUCCUUGGUGGCUCGUUUCGAAUACGUAUAGACGCGAUAACGUUCGACACGCGUACGCGCUCGAUUUAUCGAGGAACGAUCUCGACGUCUCCGAUCGUACGUGAAUGCGAACGUAAACGUGAAUGUAAACGCGUGCGCAAACUUUAUGCUGACGAAUGUAUUUUCCAUCGACACCGAUAACCUGUUCCGACAACAUUUUCCAAGAUGUGAGAUAACAGACUCGUUUCUUUUUUUCCGUUAUCGCGCAUCGAAUUCGCGCGGGGUAUCGUUCGAACGGCCAGACAACUCGUCUCAACUCGUCUCGUCUCUACUCGGACCAGAAACGAGGUCUCCGCACCGUCGACAACAACAUUGAGCAAAUACCUGUUCGACGCUUUUAUUAGUUUCCAUAAAAUUGUUUGAAAUCGUCCGAUUUCGAAACUAUUUGGCUAUUUCAUCAACUUCUCGUGCUCCAUCGUAGAAAAUUGUAUUCGUCUAAAAACCUAACUGUAAUCUAUUUGUAGUAACGCUUUGUUAUAACGAGAUACAUAUACACAAACGGGUAAUGAAUAACAAUAAGAUCUCUGGCGACGUCGACAUCGUCCAAGUUGGAAAAUAACGACGACAACGACUCGGCUCGCAUCGGGUCUCGUGCACAGGAUCGAUUAUGUACAUGUAUAUGUAUAUGUAUAUGUAUAUGUUUAUGUAUAUCUAUAUGUAUACGUAUGCGCGUGGGUGUGCGUGUGCGUGUAUGCUUUGUCUUCGUCUUUCUGUAUGUAUGCGUGUAUACAUUUAUAUAAAUAUGCGCGUAUAUACAUAUGUAGAUAUGCGCGCAUUGGACGGAACAAUUUUGUCGACUGUUGGCGAACGAGUAACGUGCGUUACUCUUCGGUACCACGCACCUAUCGGCGGAACCCGAUCGUCUCUAACCCUAUACCGGAUUUCGAAUUUGUUACAGCCUCUCCGCAAACGUCUACCCUAUUACCUCUUUCCAAUUAUAUCCCAUCUCCAACGUAUAGGUAGAUUUAUAAAAAUAUAUUGAACGCGAUCGUA